GUGGAUUCAUGCGCGGCUAAAAGUCAACAAAGGGACGGUGGUACGGGUUUAAAAACUAAAAAGCUUUAGUGACCUAUUAGGGGUAGUUUGGUCAUUUUGGCUUUAGCUCAAUAGAUUCGUGUCCAUGGAAUCUGUCGUCAGAGAAAUGAAAAGAGACCACAUUUAAAGGUCUCGACUUUUAGAAUCUAAUGGAAGAAGAUUUGUUGGGCAUUUGUGGGUUUGAUUCUUCGAAGAAAUAUCGGUUAGAAGAACUUGCCAAGUAUCAGUCUGGUUCAUGUAUUGAGUUUGAAGAUGUUGAAGGAGAUGAUGAAAUGGCGGUGGAUUAUCCAUGCCCGUUUUGCUCAGAUGAUUAUGAUUUAGUAGAAUUGUGUCACCAUAUCGACGAGGAGCAUCAACUAGACGCUAACAAUGGGGUAGGAUUGCGAUUCUGUAAUGAGAGGGUAGGGACUUCUUGGAUUUUAGUUCAUUUGGAUCAUUUGCCUGAUGCUCUGUGGAACCAUUUUGUAGUUGUUUAGUGUUUGGUGUGCGAAACGCUGUGCCUCGGGGUCUCCAAUACCUUUUUGAGCUUAAAGAGAUCAUCUUUGGAUCCGAGAAAUGAAAAUAGUCUUUUGGUGAUGAUGAAUGUAAUAACUUCUUAUAAAUUCAGCUUUGUUUGUGAUGUAGAUAUGUCCGGUUUGUAGCAGACGGGUGAAGAUGCAUAUGGUUGAUCACAUUACCACGCAGCAUAGAGAUGUAUUAAAGAUAUCCUUUUUAA